ACAGACCUAACGUUAUGUCAUUGUUAGGUAGGUUGGUGUAGGUUAACGUUAGUAUCUCAAAAGUUAUCACUGUUCCUUUUUGUUAGCUUAACAACUACAUCAUACACACCUACUAGCCGACAAGCUUGUGAUCCGGACUGAUGGAGACAACAGAAAUUUGUGAGAUUGAUGUGGCCACUAGAAGAAUAGUAGGAGGCAGUGAUUCUCCACCCGAGCUGGACAGCCCAUGUCAGGAGGAGGUUGCAGAGUUUGGUUUGGGGUUGUGCUGUGCUGAGGAGGAGAGGGGGGAAACUCCAGGCAGAGAGGACAGUCCCAGCGACCUGGGGGAGGCAGAGCUCGACCCCGGAGGAGACCCCAAGACUGGAGAGGACAAGGCUUUUGGGAAGGAGGUUGUUCUUCUGAUGCAGGCCCUGAACUCCCUUGACACUCCUGAGGAGAAACUGGCUGCCUUGUGCAAGAAAUAUGCAGACUUGUUGGAGGAGAGUCGCUGCAUGCAGAAGCGGCUGAAAGCCCUGCAGAAGAAGCAGUCUCAGAUUGUGAAAGAGAAGAUCCACCUGCAGGGAGAGCACAGCAAGGCCAUUCUGGCCCGUAGCAAGCUGGAGAGCCUCUGUAGGGAGCUGCAGAGACACAACAAGACACUGAAGGAGGAAAAUGCCCAGCGGUCCAGGGAGUAUGAGGAGCAGCGGAAGGAGGCCAUGCUGCACUUCCAAAUGACCUUGAGUGAUAUUGAGGUGCAGAUGGAACAGCAUAGUUCCCACAACACCAAGCUGAGGCAGGAGAACAUGGAGCUGGCUGAGAAGCUCAAAAAGCUUAUCGAGCAGUACGAGCUCCGAGAGGAGCAUAUAGACAAAGUGUUCAAGCACAAGGAGCUGCAGCAGCAGCUGAUGGAUGCCAAGCUGCAGAGAAUCACUGAGAUGAUGAAAGAAGUGGAGGAGAAGCAGCAGAGAGAGAGAGACUUUCUGCUAAAGGACGCCACAGAGUCCAGGCGUAAGUGUGAGCUGAUGAAGGAGCAAGAAACGCAGCUCAAACAACAGCUCUCCCUGUACAUGGACAAGUUUGAGGAGUUUCAGAGCACUCUGGCUAAAAGCAACGAGGUUUUCACCACUUUCAGACAAGAGAUGGAGAAGAUGACCAAGAAGAUUAAGAAGCUGGAGAAGGAAACAACACAGUGGAGGACCAAAUGGGAGAGUAACAACCAGGCCCUGCUGCAGAUGGCUGAGGAGAAAACUCUGCGUGACGGACACUUCAAGGCCCUGCAGGGGAAGCUGGAGCUGCUGGAGAGGCUGUGCAGAGCCCUGCAGAAGGAGAGGAAUGACCUCAACAACCGGCUCAGCCUCCUUCAGGAGCAGGGAAGCAAAGAGACCACAGCACCCCCAAAAGACCAGCUACGGGAACCUUCUGCCAGGGAGGAGGAGGAGGGGGAGCAGGAGGAGGAGGAAGAUGAGGAUGGCUUGCCAUGGGGUGACGGGUUGGAGACAGAGGGCAUCCACCAAGCUCCCAGACCACCUGAACUGGACGCUACACCGGCUGCUGCUGACAAAGCCACUGCUGCUACGACAGCAGCCAGCCAGCCUGCAGAAACAGCAACCACGCAGCAGGACUGAACAAGCCUACACAAGCUGUGUGUGUGGGUGAGGAAGGUGUGGUGGGAGGGCACCGUACACCUCCAGCCUAGUUCCAUAACUAGCCAGAAAAAAAACUAUCUUUAAUGGAGAUAGAUUUCUUUUUUUCAACUCUAGACUUGCCUCUCCAGGUCUCUACACAGAAACUGAACCCAUAUCUUUCUCUGUGCGAUAGUUUAACAUUAAAUGAUUGUAUCCAGGAUGCUAUUCUAAAACUUGCCUACAUUUACAGUGGUUGUAAUAAUUGGCUUUCUGGUGAGCACUUUGUGUUCACUGUUUUCUACCAUAACUGUAUUUUCAUAGGGAAUUUCCCUGCAGUCAGAUUGAAGCUUUUCAAAGUCAAAUUGGCCUUUCACUUCUCUCUUCACAUGAUCUCUCCCUGUAGAGUCGUAUGUCUCAUUGGAAAUGCUAGUUUGAUUAAAUUUACACGUGGGUAUAUCGCAUUGAUAUUGUCAUAGGUCGCUUUCUGUUAAAAGACCCCUGCAGUCAGAUUGUGAUCUGAAAAGCUGGAAGACGAUAUGGGACGUUGUGAAAAACAAGUUGGGCUUAUUUGACAUCUUCUUUAGCCAAAGGGUAUUAAAUAUCUUUUUGAUCACAUCAUCUCAGAACAUGGAUAAUUUAAAGUUUUUCGAAGUGUCACAGUAAAAUGAAUCUGCACAUCCUUGUGAAAUGGUUGUUGCUGGUUUGAAGCUUGGUAACGUAGCAGUAACUGACAACAUGCUAACUACCUGCCAGCCACAAUAGUCCAACAAGCUGGCCAGUUUGCUAAUUGUUAGUUAGCAAGUUAGCUGGUAGGGCUGUCACUUUUCUGUGGGGAAAAAAAUGAGUAUUUGAUCUGUAAUCUGAAUUCAAAAUUAGCCCAACAGGCUUGUCAUCUGUUUCACACAGUCAGUCAACUAGGUUCUCCUUACUAACGCAAAAUAUAGAAAACUGACCAUGCUGAAAAGAUAAUCAUUUCUCAGAUAAUCUGAGAAAUAAUAAUAACAAACAUCAACUCAGCAACAUAGUUUAGGAUUAGUCUGUCUUGUUCAACUGCAACAAAUGAUGUUUAAAUUUGUUUGAACUUGAAUUUUGGAAAUGGUGACAGCCCUAGCAGCUGGCUUGGUUGCUGACUGGACUGGAAUUUACUUGAGACAUAUUUAUACCAUCAACUCCUGCCUGGUAGAGCAGUGUUGUUUAACACGGGGUAAAUCCUAAGUGUUGUACUCCGGUUCUCUGUUCCCUCAAAAGUCAGCACUGUCAACAGUGGAAAUUUGCAUCAACAAGUUGAAGUUGAAGUUGUGGUUGUGUAAAGGCCCGUCUGCCCGACCCUAUAUUUGGCUAAAAGCAGUUUAAGAAGUAGCCACCUGUUAGCAGACUGUUAGCAGCUUCAGAGUGGAUCUUCCUUUGAUAGGUAAAUUAUAGCUCCACCAGUUCAGAACCAGAGAGAGACAUCUGAAAAGGGCUGAAGUUGAACCUUCAGCGUGUGGCUGCCACUACUAAUUGACAGCAUGCCUCUUACUGUAGCUCGAAGAGUCGGCUUUGGCCCCCUGACUGCUGGAGAGGGAGUCUCAGAGGACUGAAAGCUUUAGUAAGGAUGAAACUGAUGGUACACCACUAGACCGAGUCCUGGGAUGAUUGCUGGAUAGUUCUGUUGCAAGCUGUCGUCUUUUCAGUCACGAUCCUUAAAAAAAAAAAAACAAUUUUGUUGCUGUUAUUCAA